GCUUGGUCGGGUCAUGGUAGUUUCUCAGAAGCAAGACGGCCAUUUGAUUUCGAGGGAAUGAGCCGCAGCCGCCGCGAGUCCACCGAUCCGGCUGCAUUAACAUCGUCGCAGCCGCUGUGUCGAUCGACGGGAGGCAUCAAGUUCGACCCGACGGAACCAUCCCGACAACAGAAGCAGCGCUCCCUAGAACACUGCUCCAAGUACUGGCAGAAUAGUUGCUGCAAUGAGACCCACACGAUCCCGCUCAAGUUACGUGUGAUGGAGCCGCAUGUCGCGAUGUUCAACUCGAAAUGCCAAGCGCUCCAUGAAGAGCUCACGUGCUCUGUGUGCCACCCGUUUGUGGGAACAGGACGCAUGGAUCGGAUAUGCCCCGACUUGUGCGACGACUGGUUCGAUGCGUGCAAGGACGAAUUCUACACGCCGGAUGGGAGCCAAGCAUUGAGUCCAUGCUACGGCAACGCCCUCAUUUGUUCCCCCCUCCAUACCAUCUUGUCCACUGGUCGAGAUUUUUGCAAGGCCAUGGGGUACACGCCCGGCAAAUCAACAGACACAGAUGGGGUGACCUGCUUUGACGGUUCAGUUCCCGACGAAUUGGGGGUCCCUGAACCUGCCGAGCACAUGGCAGACGCAAUCUUCCGCAUUUUCCAAGAGCAAUCGGAGGAGCCGACCGAGUUUAUGCUGGUCGUAGUCCUCGUCGCUAUCGUGGGCCUCUUUGUCUCGGUCAAGUUCUUUCGUCGUUGGUCUGACGAACACAAUGCGCUGAAAAUGGAGGAAGCGCGCCGACGUCAACAGGAAGCCUACCGACAAGCGUACCAUCUCGGGAAGGCAGGUGCCCAAGACGACGCCACAUCCGACGUGGACUCGUCCGAUGACGACGACGAUGACGUUGUUGGCGAUGCCGAUGUCGCAGAAGGUGCGUCGGCCUCGGGUGCCCCAGCAGCGCCGUCUACGACCUCAUAAAGCAGACAUAAAUGUUUCAACUGAGUGCGAUGCCCCGAUUGCGUGGAUGAAUUGUCGA